CCAUCUCUCAUUACCAACCAAGCUGUGAACAAAAUUAUCUCCUAAUUAAUUGAUGAAAGAACCAGCAGCAGCCUAGAUCAAAUAUCAUAAUUAGCAAGCCAAAAUAUUAAAUAAAUCGUGCACACAUAUUAUAUACCUAAAUUACAUUUUCUGCGGUUGAAUGCCGGCCUGUGUGGGCUAGAAAUUGGUCGUCCAUUGGAAAAAGAAUAUUUUAAUCAGGGCAAGGGCGAUGGCGAUGGCGUCGCCGGCCAACGGAACGGUUUGCCCGGCCCCCAUGAAGGCGACAUCCAAUGGGGCGUUUCAAGAUGAAAAUCCACUGGAUUACGCCCUUCCUCUUCUCAUCGUCCAGAUCUGUUUGGUGGUUGCUUUUACCAGAAUCCUUGCUCUUAUUCUCAAACCGAUCAGGCAGCCAAGAGUCAUAGCAGAAAUCAUUGGAGGCAUAUUGCUUGGACCUUCUGCACUGGGGCGAAACCAGAAAUAUAUGGAUACCAUAUUCCCAAAGAAGAGCAUGACGGUUCUGGACACUCUGGCCAACAUUGGUCUGCUAUUCUUCUUGUUCCUGGUGGGGCUAGAGCUGGAUGUGCGCACUCUUCGGCGCACAGGCCACAAGUCCUUAGGAAUAGCCGUAGCCGGCAUCACCCUCCCUUUCGUCCUUGGCAUUGGCACCUCCUUCGUUCUCCGCAGCACCAUCUCGGAAGGAGUCAGCCAAGCCCCAUUUCUCGUCUUCAUGGGCGUCGCCUUAUCCAUCACCGCCUUCCCUGUUCUGGCCCGCAUACUAGCCGAGCUCAAACUCCUCACCACCGACGUUGGCCGCAUUGCAAUGUCCGCGGCUGCCGUCAACGACGUCGCCGCCUGGAUACUCCUGGCCCUCGCUAUUGCUCUCUCCGGCGACAACACUUCUCCUGUCGUCUCCUUGUGGGUCCUGCUCACGGGGGCUGCGUUUGUGGCCUUUGCUGUUUUGGUGCUGAGACCCGUCCUGGCAGCCAUGGCUCGACGCUCUCCCGAGGGCGAACCCGUGAAGGAGCUCUACAUUUGCAUCACCUUAUCCAUGGUUUUGGCAGCAAGCUUUGCCACCGAUACCAUCGGUAUACACGCCCUCUUCGGUGCUUUUGUGGUGGGCGUGGUGGUACCAAAGGAUGGGCCCUUUCCUGGGGUUUUGAUCGAGAAGUUGGAGGAUCUUGUCUCCGGGCUCUUCUUGCCUCUUUACUUCGUCUCCAGUGGGCUCAAGACCAACGUUGCCACCAUACGCGGAGCAACUUCGUGGGGCCUGCUGGUUCUCGUCAUUUUCACUGCUUGCUUUGGCAAGAUUCUUGGCACAUUUAGCGUAUCCAUGAUAUUUAAGGUACCGUUCAGAGAAGCCCUGGCACUGGGAUUCCUCAUGAACACCAAAGGCCUGGUCGAGCUAAUUGUCCUCAACAUUGGAAAGGACAGAAAGGUUUUAAACGACCAGACUUUUGCCAUCUGUGUUUUGAUGGCUUUGUUCACCACCUUCAUCACCACCCCAAUUGUGAUGGCAGUUUAUAAGCCAGCUCGAAAGGGAGCGCCAUACAAGCACCGAAGCAUUAGGCGCAAAGAAGCUGAUACAGAACUCCGAAUGCUGGCCUGCUUCCACAGCACGCGAAGCAUCCCUACCAUGAUCAAUCUGAUAGAAUCCUCUCGAGGAACCAGAUCAAAACGAGGAGGACGGCGGCUCUGCGUAUACGCCAUGCACCUGAUGGAGCUGUCGGAGCGAUCAUCGGCCAUCUCAAUGGUUCACAAAGCACGCAACAACGGCCUCCCAUUCUGGAACAAGAAACGGGAUAGCAACGACCAGAUGGUGAUAGCAUUCGAGGCCUACCAGCAGCUCAGCAGCGUCUCCGUCCGCCCCAUGACUGCAAUAUCCGCUCUCAACAACAUCCACGAGGACAUUUGCACCAGCGCCCAUGCCAAGCGUGCUGCCAUCAUCCUCCUCCCUUUCCACAAGCAUCAAAGGCUCGAUGGAGCCAUGGAGUCGUUUGGACGCUCCUUCCAAGAGGUCAACGAGCGUGUCCUCCGACAUGCCCCUUGCUCCGUCGGAAUUCUCGUUGACCGUGGCCUCGGAGGCACCACCCACAUCUCCGCAAGCGAUGUUUCUUACAAGGUCGUCGUUCCCUUCUUCGGCGGCCCCGAUGACCGCGAAGCCCUUGCCUACGGGAUGAGGAUGGCUGAGCAUCCCGGCAUCGUGCUCACUCUUGUUAGGUUCGUUGCCCCUCCGGGAAAGUCUUUAAGAUUCGGCGUCCGCUUGGUCGGUAUCACCGCCAACAGGGACAAGAAAUUAAUACUGGAUGAUGAUCAAUUCAAAGAUGACGAUGACAAGGCCGAGGACGAGGCAUUGCUGUCGGAGUUCACGAGCCAACGCAGCAGCGGUAACGUCGGCGCCAAGGAAGAGCACUCCAUGUUAUACGAGGAAAGACUUGUCGAAAGCAAGGCCGAAAUCGUGGGCGUUUUGAAAUCCAUGAACAAAAGCAAUCUCUUUAUAGCAGGAAGAAUGCCCCCUACAGCGCCCUUGAUAGACAUAACCGACUGUCCCGAGUUAGGGCCCGUCGGCAGCUUCUUAGCCUCUUCCGAAUUCUCCACCACAGCGUCCAUUGUUGUGAUUCAUCAAUACAACUCCACCGCAGACCACCAUCCACUUGUCGUGGACGAACAAGAAGAUAACUCUUGUGAAAAUGAAAUGUCCGACACUUCUGUUGCUGCAAUCGUAUGAGACACGUGAUCGAUCUGUAUAUUUGACAAUUACGUACAUACUUACAUAUAUAUGACUUGUAUCAUUUUUUAAUUUAGUUUGUAUUGUACGAUUAAUCAAUGAGAAAAUUGCACAUUGAUCAUUUAGUAGCUAACCAUUC